UCUUCAGGUUUGGAAAUACCCUACGCCGGUCAAAAUGGAAUGAAUGAAUUUAAGAAAAGUGGAAUAGUGGACCCUGCAAAUAUCGGUAGGUAUUUUGUAUAUCAUUGUGCCUUAAACAUGGGGAAAUUCGUCGUACGUUCCAUGAGAGUAGAAGCUGCAUGUAGACGUUUGAACAAUUCAUGCUCGUCUGACCAAGAAAUCAAACGAAAAUGGGUCAAGCUUGAUAGCAAAUAAGUUCGAAUCACGUAAAUCACGACAAUUGCAACAUCCAAAUACCCUGAAACACGUUUAUUCUUUUUGAAGGUCAGACCAUUGGAAAUCCACUCCCUUCAGCCUUCUUUGAGGAGCAAAUCACUGGAGGAAGACAUCCAAAUGACGACAAGAGAUACACAAUUGGUACCUAAAAAUCUUUGAUAUUGCCAUACAAUAACUCUUUACUAUUACAUCUCUCAUCUUUACGAUAUGAUAUCUUUUGACUUAAACUUUUCCCCAGAACAACUCAACCUAGCGGCGAGACAUCGUAAUGUUUACUACGAUACCGUUGGUGGAGACCCGUAUGGUGAGUGAAUCACUUUCAAUUCAAACUGCUAACUUGAACCAAUUAUAUGUAUUGAGCUAGAAACGGUGAGAAAGUUUCUCAGGUAUAUUAUUUCUUCCAAACUACUAAACGGGUCAUCUUUAAUAAUUCUAUAACAGGAUAAGGAUAAAACUUGAAAUCGCCCGACAAAAUGCAAAUUAUCUCAGUGGUGGUGUGAAAUAAAGUUGCUUUAUCAUCAAUACUGCAUUUUUUUGCACCCAUGAAACAGGUCACAGUAGUCCAGUUCUGUCUCGCUCACAUAUUGCUGUCAAUCACAAGAAAAAGAGAUCACUCACUCAACCCGAAUCAGGUGAAUCGGUUUUAUACAUGUAAAUGAUUUUAAGCGUAUAUGAUUUAAACUGGGGAGAUGAAACUAAGAGACGGGAAAAUCUUCGCUCUCAAUUUCGUCAUUGGGCAUAGUUCCUUAAAUCGCUUGGCACACUCUUCAGAUCAGAGAACUAAUCGAGGUAUUACUAAUUUUUUUUUAGAAAUUUGAAUUCUAUUUAUUUACCCUUUUAGCUCAAACUGUUGAUGGUAGUCAGCUCCCUUCCGCUUUCUUUGAAGAGCAAAUAACCGGAGGAAGACACCCAGCUGAUGACAAAAGAUACACUAUUGGUAUGGUUGUAGGCCUUUUUCGCUUAUAUUGCUGUCUGAUCUUUGUCACUUGAUUUUUGUAGCGAAAGAAAAAUCACAAAUAGGCGAGAAAUGUUUUCAGAAACCCAUCUCAGGUUCAGGACGAGUCUUAAUGUAAGAAUUCGCAAGACGGGGCCAUCUUGAUGUAUAGGCGUAAAUUAUUAAUAUGAUAUGAAGGGCAAAAGCUUUUCAUAACUAUAGAGGCAGUAUCGAACUUUUUUUAGUUCCUCUGAUACAUUUUGCGUUUAUUUAAUGCUGCAGAACAACUAAAUCAAGCCGCCAGACAUCGCAAUGUGUAUUACGACACUGUUGGAGGAGAUCCAUAUGGUAGGUACAAUACGAACUUAACUACAGUCUUCAUUUGGUAGUAAAAAGCGUAAAUUUUAGCCCUAAAAACUUUCCAAACAAAUGUUCCAAGAAUCUAAAAAUAGGUGAUAAAGGCAUUGUUAACCUUAUCCUAUAGGUACUGCCCUCUAAAAUUGAUUUUAGAUCACUACCAAUUCCAGAGAAGGACUAGAGGUUGCCAUUUGUGUGCCAUGAUAUGUGCUUAAGUGGAUUCUUCGUGGGGUCGUCUAUUCAUUCUUCAUCAGAAUAACGAAUAGUGUUAGUCAGACGUGUUAUCAUUUCCCGAGGGGCCACGUGAAGUCAAAAAAUAACCUGCAUCAUCGAAAACAUUACAUCGUUUAAAGGGUACCACAAUAUAUCAUAGGCAUAAUUAUUGUCUAGAGUUAAAUAUCACUCAUAUUUCUCACCCCUUUUACAAACAGGUCACAGUAGCCCUGUUCUGUCUCGUUCACAUAUUGCCAUUAAUCACAAAAAGAGGAGAUCUGUUUCACUAGGAGAAUUAUCAACAGCACGUGAGUACUUAAGUAAUUCAAUAAUUCAAGGGGAGUAUUAAUUAAUAAAUCUCACUUUCAGAGUGAGUUGUCAUGGUGAUACAAAUGCAGUUAGAUUCAUGUGAGUUGUGUUUAACGUUUUAGAAAAAGCCAACUAAAGAUCAAAGUCUUGAGUAAUGGACAAUAGUCCUUAUCUUAUAGUCCUUCUUUUUUUAUAGCCGGAGCCACCAGUCAAUAUUAUCCAGCGGUUCAAUCCAGUCCUUCAAACGUCCCAGAAGCCGUGAAGAGAGAUGGCAUUGGUAAGGGAUUUGUGCAAUUACUGCUUUUAAGUUAGCUAGAUGUUGGCCUGAACCAUUCAGAGGUGAUAAAAACGUAUUUAUGCCACUCCUGGCUCCCUCUUCCGCUAAUUGAUGAAAUUCACUAUUAACAUGUGUGAAUAAUGAUGAUUCUGUCGACAGCAAGGUUAAACUACGCUGCAAGACACCGCAAUGUUUAUUUUGAUUCUGUUGGUGGAGAUCCUUACGGUAAGAAAACAAAUCUGCAUUUAUACAAUGUAUGUGAGAGCGCUUUUUGAUUGGUGUAGUAACACUAAAACCAACCUAACCAGAUUGGCCAAUCAGAGCAAAGAGAAUACGUGAGAAUACACUGCCUCGACUGAACCGAACUAAGGGCGACCACACACCAAUGGUUAUCAUUCUUCGUCUGAUUGGUUGACGGCAGUGGUAGACCUGAUGUUGUGUAAGAUCUUAUAGGAUAACUAGAUCCCAAAUGAAAUUCUAGAGUUCUGUUUGGCUUAACCAUCACUGGCUAUUUGACUAUGAUUUAAGCUGGAGGUCCUUUUUUAGGCGAUUGAUUGCAACAUGAACAUGACAGUCAGUAUAUUCGGUUUGAGUAAAACAGUUAUCCCGUGAUUUGCAUAACCAAGUCAAAAUUAACGCUCGCUUUUGAAAUAAUCAUCAAAUAACCUUUCAGUACUUAUUCGGUUAUUACGCGUAGUACACUUAUUACACUCUGCUUUUGUUGAGUGCCUAACGCAACAUUGUGGCUAUCUCUUUUCUGCAGGCGGAAGCAGCACGGUGCUCACAAGGCAACACAUUUUGGUUAACCACAACAAAAGAUCAGCGGAAGAGAAGGAGACAAAAACUGGGUAA